AUGUGGUUCCUCGAACACGAAUCGCUCUUCGGCGGGAAGCGCGUAUGGUUGCGACCAGGCUCUCAGCAAUUAUUUGGUCGCACAAAGUCUGGCGACGAUGAGGGAAAAUCGUGGAAGAUAGACAACAAAGCCGUCUCGCGCAAGCAUGUCAUGCUCAAAGUCCACGACGCUCCACCCGAAAAUGGUACGAAGCUACAUACAAGGUCGCAGAUAGAAGUCACCGACCUCAGCUGUCGGCAAGGGACCACAAUCGACGAGAAGACACACCUGAAGAGCAAGAAACUGGACGACGGAUCACUCGAGUACGACAAGGCAAUCUUGACUGGAACGGAGCAUACUAUCCGCCUGGCUCAGGGCUAUGCGCCGUUCAAGAUUGUAUGGCACCCAACCGUCUUCACACAUGCGUCGAGAGAAUCCAAGGAGUCCAAGGCUCGCAGCGCCCAAUUGCAUGCCCUCGACAUCAAAACCACUACCGAUUUCCUCUUCGACAAGACCACCCACGUCAUUACACAAAAGCGAAAUCUACCAAAAGUCCUGUCCGGCCUCGUUGCUGGCAAACACAUUGUAACUGGCGAAUUUCUAGAUGCCGUGCUCAAAGCCGCAGCCACGUCAGUGGACGAAGCAGAGAACUAUGAGCCCUCGAAACUGGAGGAGGACUUCGAUGAAUGGUGGCCGAAAGAGAAGGACUACGUACCGCCAGUCGGCGCAGAGCCCGUCACGCGCCCGCAGGAGAUGUUGGAGCCAGAUCAUUCGCGAGCCGAGGUUUUCUCCGGGUUAACCUUUAUUUUCCUGGUUGAAAGCCAAUUUAAUAGUCUUUUAGAGCCUGUCAGUGGUGGAGGAGGCAAGGGCUUGUUCUUCGAUGUAAAGCCAGGCGAAACUACAGUCGAGGAAUAUGUCGAUUAUGUCCAUAGUGUCGCAGGGAAGAAGAAGCGCACCAAGACAAGUGGAGACAAACUUCCCAUUGUGACUGUCCGUCUCGCUGGCUAUCCGGAUGGUAUGGAAGAAUGGGCCGCUGGGUUCGUUACUGGUGUGGAUCAGGCACUUCAGCAGCGCUCAAUCUUGCAAAACGAGUUUCUUGAUGCAAUCGUGACCAAGGACCGAGCGUCAUUGCAGCGACCGCCUGCAGAGAUAGUGAACAUUCCCUCAAGAGCACCCGGCUCUGCGCCCUCUCAACCUUCAGUGCGCGACCCAACUCCGAUGUCUCAUUCAAAGGCUCCCUCCCCAGCUGGGAGCGCAUCUCCAGAGAUAACUGAGCCUGUCAAGACCACCGCACGCAAGCGUAUACACCGGCCAAGGACAGGCGGCCGCUUCACAGGAUUCGACGAUUUUGAGCCACCUGCUAAGCGCACCAAGGUGGACGACACGCCGAUGCAAGAUGUGCAAGAAUCUACCCGACCUUCUAUCUCACAAGCAGCCGCCUCGCAGCGUCGCACUGGACACGACAUACAAACACAGCACUCACAAGGCUCGCCCGUUGACGAUAUAGUGGCAAAAGAAGAGCAGAUGGACACUCUCUUCCCAGCCGCUGCAGCCAUCAAGCGUCAACGAGCAGCGACACGCGCACCAUCGGCCUCCGUUGAACCCGAAGCAGGCGGACCAGUUCAGCCAACAAUCGGCAAAGGCAAAGAAACAAUCGAGAAACUCCAACGCGCACAAGCGAGAGCUGCAAGCAAGGAGUUCAAUGUUCGCGAACAAGCCCGCAUCCGCGUCAAGGAGGAAGAAGAGCGCCGCAAGGCCGACGAGGAGAGUCUAGCAGAGGCACUUGAUGGCGUCGAUAUCUCGCAGAUUCGCAACAUCACCGAAAUCGAAGAGAUGGAUGUCCGUCCCCGAGCCGACAGAGCCUUGGCUCGACAGUCACAGGUCAACAGUGAUCGCUGGAAUCCCGAGUGGAACGGCCGCAAGAACUUCAAGAAGUUUAAACGGCGCGGUGUAGAGCGAGGUGUGCAGGCGCACCGCACCAUCAUUCGCUUGGAAGAAGCCGCCCCGAAGAAGGGCUUCGGUGUCGGCGAUGCUUUCCUCCUCGACGAUGUCGAACCUUCGUUGACAUUCAGGUCGAACAGGAGCCGACGCUUGCAGGAUGAUGACGACUCGGAGCCGGAGGUCGGAGGCUUCGUCAGCCGGAAGAGAUCGCAGACUUCAGAAGUGGUUAAUGUAGAAGAGAGCGAAGAAGAAGAUGGCGAUGAAGGUCCUGUAGGAAGGACGCAGAGGAGCAGUGGUCGGACGCAGCGGGUCGUGGAGACUCAGAUUGAUGAUACGCAGACACAAGCGCGUGGUAAGAAGCGUGGAGCGGCUACCGUAGCUGGUCCCACGAGCAAGAGAGGGAAGUUGAGCAGAAGAGAGGACGAUAGCGAUGAAGAGGAGACGGGAUUCAGAUUCAAGCGAAGAGGAUGA